AUGGAAGCAUCAAAAGUGAUUGACACUCCCAUUGCCACAGCUACUCGACUUGAUAUGGAUGAAUCUUGCUCUCCGGUGAAUCAAACAAUGUAUAUAGGCAUCAUUGGGUCUCUCCUCUAUGUUAUUGCAAGCAGGCCAGAUAUUAUCUUCAGUGUGGGUCUAUGUGCAAGAUUUCAGUCAAACCCCAAGGAAUCUCAUCUAAAGGCUGCCAAAAGAAUCUUGAGAUAUCUUGAGGGAACGCAAGACUUGGUUCUCUACUACCCUUCAGGUGAUAAUUUUAAUCUUAUUGGGUAUGCUGAUGCUGACUAUGCAGGUUAUCUUGUAGAUAGGAAAAGCACGUCUGGAAUGGCUCUCUUCUUGGGAUCAUGUCUUAUCUCAUGGGGCACAAGAAAGCAAAAUUCAGUAGCUCUUUCAACAAUUGAAGCAGAAUAUGUUGCUGCAGCCUCCUGCUAUGCUCAGCUUCUAUGGAUCAAAUAG